AUGGACUUGCUCUCGGCAGAACUCUCGGCGGAGACGCUCGCGGCGCUCCAGGCGCACUUGACGGCGGCCAAGCUCGACGAAGACAACGAUGUCUCGGAAGACUUUCGCCUCUCCCAAUUCUGGUACGACACCAAGACGGGCGACGCGCUCGCGCUCGAGGCCAUGGAGCACAGCAACGGCGGCCCCAUCGCGUUUGUAAGCACGCCUGCCGCCUUCAAGGCGCUCAAGGCGCUGCAUCCCGAGCGCAAGAACGUGUUCCUCUUCGAGUACGACCACCGGUUCCAGGACAAGUACCCGGACGAGUUUGCCUUUUACGACUACAACUCGCCGCUUGAUGUCGACGCCAAGUUCCACCAUUUCUUCGACUAUGUCCUCGUGGACCCACCAUACCUCAACACCAACUGUAUGUCCAAGUUUGCCGACACGAUGCGUCUCCUCUCGAAAAAGACGGAGAAGCGGGACGGGGCCAAGGACGUCAUUCUCACCCCCAACGCAUUCAUCACAGCGAGCAUUCUCCGCAAGGAUAUGAAGAAGGACCUCGGGUUCACGCCGUCGGGGUUCGUCCCGACGUUCGAGUCGAAGCUCUCGAAUCACUUUUUGACGUACACCAACUACACGUCCAAGCGCUUUGGCCCGAGCACCGACGACUACUCGAGCGACGACGAAGCAUAG